GAUGUGCUUCAGAAAUUGACAGCCAAACCACUGUUGCUAUACCAAACCAGACUUCUUCUACUCUGUUUCUGGAAGCAAUUUCUCAAAUCCCCACUGGGAUUCGCCAAGAUUUCAUUUUCUUCCCUUCUCUUGAGCUGUCUUAGCAAAUAAAUCCCAACUUUUCAAGAAAAGUCUUUGACAUAACUACCCAGUCUAAUGACAUUCCAACAAUUUCUUCUCCCCCUUUGUUAAUCUCAAUUCUCAGCUCUUUCUCUUUGUUCUUUUGUACAGAAAACCUUUAAAGCUCUGAUCUUUAUUUCUUUCUGGAGACAAUCAGUACUGAUUGCCUUCUCCCAUAGUCUUGGGUUGAGAAUGAGGAAUUUCAGAUUGGGAUUUGUUUUGCUUCUUUGUCUUGCUCCUGCAUUUGAAAUUGGAGCUUUCAAGUUUCAUAGUAGUCGUCAUACAGAGAGAAUAGAAGGUAGUGCUGGUGAUGUCUUGGAAGAUGAUCCAGUUGGAAGGUUAAAAGUUUUUGUGUAUGAGCUUCCAAGCAAAUACAACAAAAAAAUUCUCCAGAAGGAUCAAAGAUGCCUUAACCAUAUGUUUGCUGCCGAGAUCUACAUGCACCGCUUCCUUUUAUCUAGCCCCGUCCGAACCCUUAAUCCCGAGGAAGCCGACUGGUUUUACACUCCAGUGUACACUACCUGUGACCUAACGCCAAAUGGACUUCCUUUACCCUUCAAGUCGCCUCGUAUGAUGAGGAGUGCAAUACAACUUAUUGCUUCUAACUGGCCUUACUGGAAUAGGACCGAGGGGGCGGAUCACUUCUUCAUUGUGCCACAUGAUUUUGGUGCUUGUUUUCAUUAUCAAGAGGAAAAAGCUAUUGAAAGAGGGAUUCUUCGACUACUCCAGCGAGCUACCUUGGUUCAAACUUUUGGACAGCGUAAUCAUGUCUGCUUGAAGGACGGUUCCAUCACUAUUCCCCCGUAUGCUCCUCCACAGAAAAUGCAAACCCAUUUAAUCCCUCCAGAAACUCCACGAUCCAUCUUUGUUUACUUUCGAGGUCUGUUCUAUGAUGUUGGUAAUGAUCCAGAAGGUGGUUAUUAUGCAAGAGGUGCCCGGGCUGCGGUGUGGGAGAACUUUAAGGACAAUCCUCUCUUCGACAUUUCGACUGAGCAUCCAACUACCUACUACGAGGACAUGCAGCGAGCUAUCUUCUGUUUGUGCCCACUUGGAUGGGCCCCGUGGAGUCCAAGAUUGGUUGAAGCAGUAAUAUUCGGGUGCAUCCCGGUUAUCAUAGCAGACGACAUUGUGUUGCCUUUUGCUGAUGCAAUCCCGUGGGAAGACAUUGGAGUAUUUGUAGCGGAGAAGGAUGUCCCCAGCUUGGAUACAAUUCUCACUUCCAUUCGACCCGAAGAAAUACUGAGGAAGCAGAGAUUGCUUGCCAACCCUUCAAUGAAGCAGGCGAUGUUGUUCCCACAACCCGCUCAAUCAGGGGACGCUUUCCAUCAAAUUUUGAAUGGACUUGCUCGGAAGUUGCCUCACGACAGGAGCGUCUACGUGAAACCUGGGGAAAAGGUCUUGAACUGGACCGCCGGCCCUGUGGGUGAUCUGAAGCCUUGGUAGAGCCUAUUCCUUAUCUUCUUGGACUUUACUGAUGCAUUAGAACCACCAUUGUGAGUAGGAGUGUAAAUUCCAGUAUUACAAUUAUGGAGGAGACAGUAUUUGUUUUUACAGCAGUAGUUAUAAAAGGUUUUCAUGAUAUAAUGAAUAUUUGCUGUUAGUUAUUCAAUCUGCUCAUUGUAGAGUGAGUAUUUGUUGGCC